AUGGUAGUAUUGUUGACAGUUAAUUUCCCAAAGGAGGGAGUCUUUUUUGCAGGAGAGGCCUUUACUUGUAGCUUGACAUUCUCAAACGUAUCUUCUGUUGUAAGUUCUACUAGUGGUGCAAGUAGAAAUAAUAGCAUUGCCAGUCUGCCAAAGAGAACCGCUAGUCUGGUGCAUUUUGGAGACUUGUCAUCUAUUCCAGAAGCUACGCAAGCCUCAUCCUCGACUGUCGAAAAGCCAACAUUAAAUAUUUUGGACAAACAAAACACAGACAGUAAACAUGAUGAAAACCGCACAACAAUUCAAAUGUCUUCUCUGAAUACUACAGCUGGAAUGCUGCCUGGAUCCCCUGCUGCUAUGGUGCAAACACGACCUACAGAGUUCUCAAACCGCAAUGGCACGGAAGUCUACGAAAAGGAGAACACAGUAGCCCAUUCUACGAGCAAUGGUACCGCUAGAAAUAGUCUCCAUGCACCUAAUGGAAGUAUAUCACAUAGUGUCUCGCAGUUUGAUGAGGUUGAUCAGCGUAAAAGGCUUUACAACGUUGCUGAACCAUUUGAAGGCUAUCUCCCCGAAUACUCUCAACCGUUUACUCCAUUACUACCGAGACGACCUUCCCAACCACCGUCACUACCAUUUCCUUCCCAAGUCGCUGACUCGGUCGUUGAUCACAGUGCUAGUAAUCCUAAUAAUCGUAGUGACAAACAUGGAGGUGAACGUCUAUAUUUAAGGACAGUCGUAUCCGAAACCAGCGGACAUAAUAGUAUAAUUGCAUCUCCAACACCUACAACACCAUCCAAAACGGUCAUAGAAAAUGGUGCUCUCCCUGUAGAAGACCAUUUAUCCGAGGCUACCGUAUCGCCAAAUAGACAGCAUCGACCGUCGUUGACUACUAGAACGUCAACGGACUCGCUAGCAUCAUCACUUCCUGGACAUGUAUAUCAACAAUCGUCAACCGCCCUGCAUCCUCCAACGUCAAGUCAAGUGGAAGAAAUUACGCUCGGAUUUGCACAAAUGUCGGGAUCAUUUACAUUAGAUGGAUCAACUGUAAAAUUAUCAGCUUUCGAUGAACUCAAAAAGCAGAUCAUGUAUAGACCAGUGAAUGGGUUCUCGAGUGGUCCAGGUGGUGGUGGGUCGUUAUUUCCUCCUUUGGGACCAGAUAAUAAUUCACGGCCAACUGGUGCCAAGACUGACAAGAGUCUACCACUAUAUACUACUCCACCUUCCAUUUUAUUUGCUAAUUUGUCUCUGGCCUCUGGAGAAAGCCGAACGUACCGAUAUGAAAUCAAACUUCCAUCAAGUCUACCACCAUCACAUCGUGGAAAACUGAUUCGCAUAUCUUACAAGCUUCUGGUUGGAAUACAAAGAUUUGGUGGUGGACGGCGUAAUCAGAUUAUACAAUUGCCAUUCCGUCUUUUUGGAAGUGUUGAAGAGGAUGGAGUGAGGUCGCUAUUCGACUUGCUGACUCCUGUGGUCAAGACCAAGGAUGAAGCGACAAUAAUAGAUGAAUUUGAAGAAUCUCGUCGACAAGUCAAAACAACGAGAAAAUUACGGCCGCUCAAGUCUGCUUCUCAGGACAAUCUCGAGACCGAGACACCGUCAAUGGCUCAUAUUUUAUAUGUUUGUCAGGCAGCAGGCAGAGUAUCAUAUCAAAUAUGUAGAGACACGCAUUAUAUUGCUCAUCUGCACCUACUGCGGAAUCGAUAUCGUCUUGGUGAAUCCAUUAUGGGUGUCUUGUCGUUUGCUUCCUCUGCAGUCCCAUGUUAUCAAGUAUCUUUAUAUCUAGAAACUAUAGAAGCAGCAGACCAAGAAUUUUCGCUACGUAGGUCAGCGGAUGGAGGAGGUACGAUUCGAAAAAGUGUUGCAGAAUCUCAUGUGAAUGCAACCAAUUCCAAGAGACUUGGAAUACAGUUGGCUAUUCCGUUAACUGCUGCACCCGACUUUGCUACGUCUGUCGUAUCAGUGUCUUGGUCAUUACGUCUAGUUUUUAUAAUAGCCAACGUUGCCAAAAAGAAGGGCGAGGGUGAUUUUGAACAGCUUGUCAAGACACCAGGACCCGAGGCAUUUAGGCAUUCUCAGGCACGUAAUCGUGUAGAUACAGAAGUGUUUGAGUGUAUAGUGCCUAUAACGGUUUAUGGGACAAUGUCGGGAGGAGGAGGAACGAAAGGAAACACCUUGUACUUUGAGAUUGUUUGA